AUGAUUUCGUCUAUUCUCCUAUCAGGUUUACCCAUGCUGGUGUUCUUCAGUGGCUGGGCUUCUUCCGCAACUACGGACCAAUACAUGUGGCCCCCCUCAGAAGCAGGACAGGUUCACGGACCUUCGUGGCUGCAGUUUGCUAAUGCCACUACGCGUUGGUCGACGUAUGCAGCUCCGACCAUUAACGAAGUGUUCAUUCCUCAGAGUGAAGAUGAUCUAUCAGCAGGACUUCGAUACCUGUCAAGUUCCAACAAAACCUGGCUAGCUAAGUCAGGCGGCCACGGAUAUUCUGUAACCCUCCGGACUAUCCAAAAUGCCACUCUCAUCGACAUGGAAAAUUUCGCCUACGUAAACAUGAACGCGGAUAUGAGUGUUACUGUAGGCACCGGCACGACAUUCGAUGACUUCAUAAACGUGCUGGGUGGUUCGGGGAGAGAGAUAACCGUCGGAUUUUGCUCUAGCGUCGGCGUAGUCGGCGCUACGAUCGGUGGUGGACUCGGCCGACUUGAAGGCCUUCAUGGCCUGACGAGCGAUGCACUCACCAGGGUGCGAAUGGCACUGUGGAAUGGUACCAUCGUCGAGGCUUCUGACGCAGUCAACCAAGACCUGUUUUGGGGCGUCCGUGGCGCCGGCCAGAAUUUUGGUAUCAUUAUCGAGGUCACGUUCGAGACGUACCCAGCGACAAAUGGAGGCAUGCAGUAUAGUUCGGACUUGACGUUCACAGUAGACAAGCUGGAAGCUGUCUUCAACGUGACAAAUAUCCUGUUAGAACCCGAACUAGAUCCUAAAUUAGCUAUUGCCACAUCGAUUUCUCCUGAUCCCACAACGCUCGAGCCGGGGCUAAGGUUGAAUAUCGUGUAUCACGGGCCCCUUGAAAAUGGCCAGGAAUUCAGAAAGUUGUAUUCCCCAUUCAGCUCUGGUUUUACUGAACAGAUGACGACAUGGACCAACUUGACGUCGGUGGCUUUUCCUGAUAUAGUAGCCGGAGCGCUCAUAAACGGCAAUCCGCACAAUCAGUACAGUGUCUUGACCAGAAAUUUGCCGAUUGAGAGCCUGCGCGAGGCUGUCACGUCACUCGGCUCCUUCGCGAAGCAGUACCCGACAGCGAACGAGAGCACCAUAUUCAUCGAGACCUUUGGCCAGAAGGGCGUGGAAGCGCUCCCACGGGAGUAUUCUGCUUUUCCCCAUCGAAAUUCGUUCCGCAACGCGAUAGUGUUCUCGAUGACUUACCCCAACAACGCCACGGAAGUGGCUGACGCUGCGGACUCCUGGGCGCUGGGAAUGCGUAACAAGUUCGCGCAGCCGGACGUUUCCGGCUACGAUAGACUGCAGAUAUACCAGAAUUAUGCGCACGGCGACGAGCCGUUAUCAGCUCUGUACGGCUACGAGGAGUGGCGCCACGAGCGACUCACCAAGUUGAAGAACACUUACGAUCCCCAUGGCUUCUUCAAUGGGUACCAUGCUAUUCCUAGUAAUCUCGCAGAUUGGUCCUAA